AUGGAUAUCCCAACAAUUUCAUCUGAGACCAUGAUGCACGCCUUUACCCAAGGUCUGAUUGAGGGGGAUUUCUUCCGUUCGCUCAUCCGGAAGCCGUCGCGUGAUUACAACCAUAUGCUAAAAAAGACAAGCGAGUACAUCAAUGUGGAAGAGGCCCAGACAGCCAGAAGGAAAGAGAUGCCUACUAAACCACCAGCGCUGACUGAAAAGAGGCCACCUAUCAACCACCAGCCCCCUAGAGGGCCCCGAGCUAAGGGGGCCCGACAGCAUUACGAGGCUAAGCUGCAUGUCGUCCAACACAUGGCUACCGAAUGGCCGAGGCCGAAAGAAAAGGUAUGGACUCUCAUGUUUUGUUCCCUACAUCAGUCGGUUAGUCACAACACUCGCAAUUGUCAAGGGUUUGCCCCAUUUGUCUCGCCGACGCCAAGAAACUAUCGCUGUCGAUCACCCUCGCCCAACCAGCGACAUCGGCACCAGGACGCCGAGCGACGAGAAGUUAGGCGAUCAUCCGAGCAACCACAUCACGGUGAUCAGCCCCAGACCUCUCACGAGCGAGCUAGACCAUCUACACGGGAGGAAAAAAACAGAAGCAACGCCGCUCGGGGGGAGAUCAAUAUCAUAGUAGGAGGGCCCACCGGCGGGGAUUCUAACCGGGCCCAGAAGUCGCAUGCUCGGCAGCUAAGGAUCCACGCUGUGGGCUGCAGCGAAGAGAAGGCGAACAGACCUAAGAUUAGCUUUGGUCCGAGGGAUCUCGAGGGAGUCGAAGUGCCGCACGACGACGCUCUCAUUAUCAAAGCGAUUAACAGAGCCGAGUUGUUGCCCAUGACAACCUCACUGUACGGGUUCACAGGAAAUGAGGUUCUGCUGGUCGGACAGACCCGACUAGCCAUAUCACUGGGAGAAGAGCCGCUUCGGAGGACGCGGGCCACUAACUUUAUCGUGGUAGACGCCCCCUCCGCCUACAACGUGAUCCUGGGGCACCCCGCCCUCAACGAGUUUCGAGUUGUCAUCUCUACUUUUUGUCAGAAAAUAAAAUUCUCCGUCGAGGACCAGGUAGGAGAGGUCCGAGGAGACUAG